GUCGCGGAAGCGAGUGAAAGGCAUCAGUUGGUGCCCGUCCUCAAACCCAUGCGUGUCCCUACGUGUAGUGACCCGCACGUAGAAGAAUUACAUAAAAAUAAAUAAAUUAUAGGUGCGUGACAAAAAGGUGUUUUUAGUGUAAAAUAAAAUAAAAUUGAAUGAAAAAAGAAAUAUUAAAAUAAAAUAAAUAAAACGUGCCCAAGAGGAUCUUUUUUUCUUGUGUGUCAAUCUGUGAAUUAUAAAAAGGAAAAAGGUGGUGGUGGUGUGAAGAACUGUGAUCUUUAAUAAGAUGUGUAGCCAUGAGCAAACAAACUCCCCUGAGGGUUCUCAGUCAGCUCCAUCGGAUUCGGAGCCCCCAUCACCCUUAAGUACAGUCCUAGGCCUCCUCCCGUUGGACCCGUACAGGCUGCAACUCUACAACUAUGCCAUGGCUGAGCGACUGAGGUGCGCCUAUCCCCCACCAGCUGUCUACCCGCAUCCCUAUUCACCACCUAGGCUAGCCCUGAGUCUCCUCCACAGUCGCGUCUUCCCGCCGGAGGAGCCCAAACCCCAGCAUAGCUACAUCGGGCUCAUUGCAAUGGCUAUCCUAAGUUCACCAGAGUCAAAACUCGUACUAAGCGAUAUCUAUCAACACAUCUUGGACCACUACCCGUACUUCCGGAGUCGCGGACCAGGCUGGCGCAAUUCCAUUCGCCACAAUCUCAGCCUCAAUGAUUGCUUUGUGAAAGCAGGAAGGAGUGCCAAUGGCAAGGGACACUACUGGGCUAUUCAUCCAGCAAAUGUCGAUGAUUUUCGCAAGGGAGAUUUCAGACGUACAGUUCGGUGCAACCGAACUUGGCCAACAGAGACCUACGGCCGCAAUUCUGGGCUAAAAUCUUUUCAAGUUUUCUCUCCUAACUUACGUCGCAAAGCUCAGCGAAAAGUCCGAAAGCACAUGGGGUUGGCAGUGGAUGAUGAUGGAACAGACUCACCCUCCCCGCCCCCGGACGCACCCCUUCUGCCGUGGCAGGCUGCCUUGCGCCCACCCCCACCCUUUACCCCACUCGGUCGCCCCCGUAAGCGUCAGUUUGACGUGGCUAGCCUGCUGGCGCCUGACGAACCAACCCGACCGGAUGAUGAUGAAAUCGAUGUGGUAGCCGAAGAUGAACCUGGACCACCGUGGCACGGAUUGCUGCACCACUGGCCUCGGCUUACGGGUCUCAAUUGCCCGCAACAGCGCCCUAGCACACCACCCACACCGCCCUCAACGGCGCCUGCCUGAGAACUAAAUAAAUGACGAAUUGAGUGGAAGAAAA